AAAAUGCAAUCCUUAAACAUGACUGAGGCAAAAGCUGGUGUUGGGGUAACCUUGCCAAUCGAUACUCUUGAAAUCUUCACUGGAUUCGAUAACUCGCUGGAAGGGAAUAUUGACCAGAAAAAUGCAUUGAUGGCUUUAUACCGGAUCUUGACUUGUGGUGAAACAAGCGCAAAAAAUUGCAUUGCGAAAACCAUGCUGGCGACGGUGACCAAAAACGUCGAGAAACACUACUCCGGAACAGGUCGCAAAGUACACGGUGUAGGAAAAGAAGAUUUUAGCAAAACGAUCGUAUUUAGCUGCAUUCAAGAUGUUCUAUUGGAAAAAUUCGGUGACUCCAAGGAAAUAGAAGGAUUGAAGGGAAAAAUCGGAAAAUGGCUAUCUGGUGCGACUGAUAGGGCUGGCGGUCGCAAAGAGCGAUAAAAUAAUA